AACUCAUUUAUUUUUAUCAUCAUUAGGAUAGUUCUCGAUAUAAUGUGUUAGUGUUUCAUACUUACAUUGCUUUUAAGUAGCUUCAUUUAUUUAGAAGUACAAUCAAAACUCAAAAAUUUAUAUAUUUUUAAAUUCUUCUAUUUUAAUGCAUUACUUGAAAUAUUUUCAAUAGUUACAAUUUUGAAACAACGGACAAAAAUUCUAUGAAAGUAUCAUUAUUUUAAAUCUGCUUACUGUUUUAAUUUUCUAAAAAAUCAUAUUAUACGUAUGUUUUUUGACUAUUUUUCAUAAUUUGUUAUAAGAAUUAAUUUUGAUAAAAUGAAAUUAUUGACCCAUAACUUACUGUCGUCUAAAUGUUUGAAAGGUGUUAAAGUUGGUUAUCCUCUUCGCAUUGAAGCUAAUGAUGUAAAAAUUUCUGAAUCAGAAUUCAACAUGGAAUUUAUUGCUAAGAUGAUUCCUAAACUCGAUUGGAAGGUUCUAGUGAAUGCAGCUGUUGAGGCUGGUCAUGGAAGUGAUUUACCAGAAGAAUUAAUUGAAAACUAUGACAAGAAUGAAGAGUUUUUAAAGAAAACACAUCAUAUUCUAAUGGAAGUUGAAAUUAUUAAUGGUAACUUAGUUUGUCCAGAAUCUGGUAGAAAAUUUCCUAUAGCUGCUGGUAUUCCAAACUUACUUUUAAACGAAGAUGAAAGUGCAUAUACAUGAAAUAAAUAUUUUUUUUACAACAUUUUUAUAAUUUCUAUAUUAAAUGAUAGUUUUAUUUUUUUUUCAAUAGAAUUCUUGUAAAAUAAAUCAUUGUUUAGACUUAACUUAUGUAUGAACAGAAUUCAUUAAUUAAAUAUUUCUAUAUUAACAAAAUAAACAAAAUGUUUUUUGA